AAUACGAAACGCAAUCCCACGUAUUCGACGCCACUUUCACGAUCAAAACCAGCUCGCGACAGUAUCGGCGGCGUGCUGGUUAAUUUCGAAAAAAAUGCGGGACGCCAAAUGAAAGUGAACUGCAACUAUAAUUUGCGAUGCGAUAUGUCGUUCGAUAGGAUCAUUACUGGGAGAAGUUAAAGAAGAAUGGCUACCGCGCAGGAGUAUUACGUCAACGGUUCGAAAUGUGACGGGUUGGAUAUGCCAACGUUCCGGGAAUACCUUGCCGGAAUGGAUCGAUAUGGAAUCCUUAUUUUAUUGAUAAGUGCCGCGUUGCUGGCGGCUUCCGUUUUCCUCUUCCUAGACAUCACGUAUUAUGUCAUCCGACGCAGCGCGUCUCGGGUGAAAGCCUACACCACUUUCGUUCUUGCAGUCUACCCGGUCACAAGCCUGGUAAGUUUCUUCGCCAUUUUGCUGCCAAGAGCCAACCUACUAGCCGAAGCUAUAACUCAGGGGGCCUUCAUGGCAGGAAUGUACAAGCUCUUUUGCCUGUUCAUGGCUUAUUCAGGUGGCUGCCACCAACUCGCGCAAAUGGAGGGCCCGAAAAGGUUAAUGCUCAAUGUAGGUCCUUGUUGUUGCUGGCCGUGUUGCCAUUUGCCUACUUUCAAAAUGGACAAAAGAACCUUUAUGUUUCUAAGACUGUUGGUUUUUCAAUUGCCUGUGGUCCAAAGCCUCAUCUAUUUGGUAUACUUGAUCAUGUGGGCGGAGCAAGAGAGCUUGUAUUUAGUGAAUUACAUGUACCUGCAACCCAUUGUAAUACUCUCUAUAUUGGUUGGUGUUUGGGGCAUGGCGAUGGCGAUAAAUAUACUAAAGAACACAUUAAAUGAGGAAUUCAAGCUCUUUGGCAAAUUUAUAGUUCUCCAAUUGGUGUUGGUGUUUUCUAAGUUACAAGGAUUCAUCACCAGGUGUUUGGUGUGGCAAGACGUCCUACCCUGUGAUCCACCCAUCAUUCCUCAGGUCUACGCCAACUUGAUUCACAACACCCUUAUGAUGGCUGAAAUGGUGAUACUAGCUUUCCUGGCCCGCAAACUAUAUAAGAGAGAAUUACCCUGUGUCAAUGAAGUUCGCAAAGGAAAUGUGAACAUAAUAAAGAAAACCAUCACCACUAAUCAAUCUUGUGAUAUUAUUGAAAAGGAUGUUAAAGAAAGUAGUGCAUAUGACAAUGUAGCUUAUGAAUAA